AUGAGCCCCUAUUUUGUUGGGAUCCUGUUCAGCGCCCUGCUGGGGGCUGCAUUGGGAAACCGCAUGCGGUGCUAUGACUGUGGUGGAGGCCCCAGCAACUCCUGCAAAGAGACAGUGACCACCUGCAGCGAGGGUGAACAUUGUGGCUUCCUGGAGCGCAAACCCCAACCAGGCCUGGGACAAGUCAAGCUUUCUGGGAACCCCUCAGUGACCUUGAGUCAUCACCAUCCCACCUGCGUGGCCAUCCAUCAUUGCAAUCAAGUGGAAACAGAGUCGGUGGGAGAUGUGACUUACACAACCCACAAGAAUUGCUGCCUCGGAGACCUGUGCAACAGUGCUGUGGCAAACACUGUGGCCCCUGCAUGCAUCUUGGCUGCAGCAGCCACCACCCUGGCCUGGCUCUUGCCAGAACUGUGGAGUGGGUAG